GUUGCAGAGCAAGUGAUGAUAGACCACUUAUCCAGGGCUGUAAUCAGUGAUCCAGAACAAAAUUUAACCACUGAGAAGCAAGAAAUUGCUCAUAUCCUUCCAGAUUCAAAGCUGGUAACUCUUCGAUUUAGGAAAAGAACACUACAUGAAACAAAGAUAAGAACUCAGUCUACAUUAACUGAAAGUAUGUUUUCUCAUAAAGUACAAUUUGAUGGUAGGAUCAUUUCAAGAACAAAUGUGCUGCCUUUUAUUCAGAAAAACAUUUAUUGUCAUUGGCAUGGACGAAGAAAAGGAAAACAAUACCAACUUGGUGAUUUUUAUAUUGGUGCAAACUUGACAUUUUUGAGUCAUCCCAGACUUCCAGAAAGCAUAAAAGAAAACACAUUGCUUAUACUUCGAAUCACAAAUAUUGAUCAGAGAGCUUUGGAUUCUCUCAAAACUGAUUCUGUGGAACAUGAUGAUGCAAUCAAUGAAGAAGCCAAUGACAGACUGGUUUUCAAGGCCAUUCAAGAUGUGCUAAAAGAACAGCUAUUUAAAAGAGGUGUUCGUAUUUUGACUGGAUUGAGAAAAUACCUUCAACAACUGGACAAGGAAGGAAAUGGACUUUUAGAUAAGGCAGAUUUUAAGCAAGCUUUAAAAGUAUUUCACUUAGAAGUGUCCGAAAAUGAUUUUGAGUCUUUGUGGCUAAUUCUAAAUGGUUAUGGCAAUGGCAAGGUUGAUCACGAAGAAUUCAAGUGUGCCGUUAUAGGUGAAAUGAAUGAAUACAGGAAAUCAUUUGUUCAAAAGGUAACUUGAAGCCUUAUGAAACUGGACUUUAACAAAACAGGCAGUGCAUCUGUUAUAGACAUAAGUAAAUGUUAUUGUGCAAAGAAGCAUCCUCAAGUAAUUUCAGGACUUUCCACAGAGGAAGAAAUCAAAACAUCUUUUCUAGAAACAUUGAAAGAUGCCUGCAGUAAGUCUGAUGAAGUGUCAUAUGGUGAAUUUGAAGAUUACUAUGAAGGUCUAAGUAUAGGGAUAGUAGAUGAUGAAGAUUUCAUUAAUAUCUUAUGUACUCCAUGGGGUAUCUAG